AUGCACUUUGCAGAUUUCGCAUGCGUACAGUCGACCUACAGCGGUGCACCCGAUCUUACCAUGAUGGAUGACAGUGAUAAUCUGAAAUUUGUUGGGGAGCUCAGGGUGCCCUGGGUCCCCGAACACCGCAUUGAUGAGGUAUUCGAACUCGAGAGUGCUCCGAGGAGGACGCUCGCCCUUCCGAUUAUGUACAUGCAACACCUACAGUGUGUGUACGGGUUCCUCGGCACCUACGACGAGACCAUUUCCCUCCAACAGGGCGUCGCCAGCCAGGGAGUGCGGAGGAUCUAA